AGUAGUUUGUUGAUAGCCAGCCCCGCGAACGGAACGCGUACGGAAGAAAACGAUCGCGAGAUCGAUGUGGCUACAAUACUUGUAUUUACCGACCACAAUAGCCAAUUGCCGGGAGAAAAACAAAAGCAUUUCGAGCUGCAGACGGAGAAGCACUAACGUUUUGCGAAUUUCGCAAAAUUCACUGGCCAAACGGGGAAUUCUGUGUGGCAUUAGGUAACCGGAGAAGCAGACCCGUAGUUCCGGAUAACAAAAAAAAAAGAGCCGUAUCAGCUGAAGAAUGGCGAAUAUGAAGCCAUCGUGUCAGUUGUCCAUGUGGUCUUAGCCACACACAGUGUUCCUGUGGCGAUAACAAGUAGAAGACAAUGUCGUGGAUAUGCUAAAUGGAAAUGGAUCCGAUGAUUUGUGAUCUGCGGUCUGGCCAUAUCUGGCUAUUGAUUCUCAUUUGUUUCUGCGGCUUCGAACAAUCCCGCGGUUUUUUUGUUGACUAUACAGAAAACACGGAGCUGAUUCAACAGAGAGUCGGCUUUGAUGUCAAGCUGCAGUGCAAUCUCAAGGGUUUGGUGGACGAUAACAUGUUGGAUGACAUCAAGAUACAUUGGUACUUUAAGCAAUGCAGUGAAAACAAUUGUCAUCAGCUGGAGUCCGUGGAUGAGUGGACUGCUCUGCCUUGUGAGCCAAGUCUUUGUCGUCCGGAAUUGUGGCUCCGGAAUGUGACGGAACGGUAUUCCGGACUCUACAAAUGCAGCAUUAAUCCACACAUUUGGGAUAGAACUCAAGCUGUGGAUGUUCAACUGGUUCGCACUUAUCAGUUGGAUGUUAAAAAUACCUCUUUGGCUGCCCCCGAGUUUGUGGACUCGUAUCCCAAUAACAAGACCACAUUGGUGGGCAGUCGGGUGGUGUUCCAGUGCCGAGUUCACAGCGAGGAGCAUCCCACAAUCAAGUGGUUCCGCCGACAAACCUAUGUGGCAACUCAGUCAGUGGGAGAAGCCUCGUCUACACCCACUGCCUCCAAUUUCAGCACACAUAUUGUGCGUUAUAAUGGCAGGACAUAUGAACUGCUGUCCACUGAUGCCGAAAAGUUGAUGGCACCACAGAUAUAUCUCAGCAAGCUAAUUUUGGAUGGAGUGAGAUUGAGGGAUGCAGGCCAUUACGCCUGCGUGGCCAUCAGUUAUCGAGGUCACAAGAUCCGGGAGGCAUUCCUCGAUGUUAUUCCCGUUCAGGAGGAUUCGGAAAAGGAGUACUGGUCGGACUACGAUAGUAGCGAAGAGGGUGUUACAGCCAGUGAUCCUCGGGAGUUCCUUUUGCUCUUUUUAAUGCCCUUAGGAUUGGCAUUACUUCCACUGACCGUGUGGUUCAGUUACUUGUUGUACAAACGAUGUUCGGAGGGUCACAGUGAGUGCCAGCGAAUGGAUUCGGAUGAGGAUCUGGACACGGAAAGGUGCGUCCUUGGAGGAAAUUGACGUUUAAAGCCAUAAUCGGAAAUGAUGCAAGCUGCAUUACGCUUAUUAAGUUUAUGAAUAAAGACUGUAAGUAGCGUUAAAGAAUUUGUACAUACAUAUAUGUAAGAUUUAGAAUAAAUGCUAAAAUUAAAUUUGUUUUAAAAUUAAUUUUUCUUUUCUGUGCAUUUCUUUCUCAUUUCAUGAAACUAAAAUCUACAAAAGAUUUUACAAAUCAGAGUUUUUCUGUGCUACUUUGUAUGCUACUUUGUGCUAUUUUAAACAUAAUAUGUUUUUAGCGGAAAUUGUUGAAUAAUUUAAUUACCCUAGCUAACAAGUCAUCUGGGCUCCUUCCCUCACCUAAGAUUCAUUUAAAAUUUUAUAUAACAUAUUGUUUUGUGCCUUUUGGUUGAAUGUGUUGGUUGUGUUUGAAUUUUACUAAGGCAAGCUAUUGAAGCAAAGUUCCAAAUUUCCGUCUUAUGAAAUUCCAAAUUAGUCCUCAUUUGGGCACUAAGACCACCACUAUCAACACCGAGGUUGUAAGCAGCAACCUCAUCCACAUCCAGCAGUUCCAGCAUCCUGAACGAUCCUUUAAAGUGCCGCCAUCCACCUGAUGAGAUCUGAGAUUUGCCUGCAGUUCCAUUUGAUGCGACAACUUGGCGUUAACAUAUACUAUAUAUCAACCAACUGG